GAUGAUAAUCGUAAAAAAGUUUGCAGACUCCACCUGUCCAGGACACGCCUCACAUCCUAAAUCUUGGCGAUGGUUCUAGAAUCUAGAGCAAGAAGCUUGAAGAACUACCCAGAAUUUUCCAAUUACCUCUCCUCUUACUAUUUAUCGUCUACAACACCGCCUUCAUUUCACACUUAUAGCAAUCAAAAAUCGCACUCUUCUAAAGGUUAAUUGGAGCAGCUUUUUAGUUAAAAGGUUGAGUUAAUAUACGAGUACUGAGUAAAGUAGAAGAAAAUGGCAGAUAGUUUGGCAAAUUUGAUGAACAAUGAAGAUGUUUUGAGAAAGGUAUUACACAGAAUUACAAAGGGAGACAUGAAUUAUGAGGAUAAGACACUUUCUACUCCUUUGGCUGACAUUGUUUCCACCUCUAAUGAGUACAUAUUUUACAUCGAUGUACCUGGCCUCUCCAAGUCUGAUAUUCAGGUGCAAUUGGAGGAUGAGACUAUACUAGUGAUCAAGGCGAACGGGAAGCGGAAGAGAGAAGAUGGAGAAGAGGAAGGUUGCAAGUAUGUUAAGCUAGAGAGAAGCGUAGUUCAGAAAAUAAUGAGGAAGUUCAGGCUACCUGAUGAUGCCGAUGUUUCAUCCAUAUCUGCUAAAUGUGAGAAUGGAGUUCUUACAGUCACUGUUAAAAAGAUCCCACCCUCUAAGCCUAAAACUGUUCAGGUUGCCAUUUCCUAAAGAUGGUUGUAGAACAAUCAACAAUGGGAUCACUCAGUAGGAAGAAUUGGGAUGAGAUUUUAAUCUCCUAGUGUCCUUUCCUAGAAAAAAGAUGUAGAACUUUUGCUGUCAUUGUUGUAUAUAGAGUAUGGUUCAAAGAAAUUUGACCAGUUAUGUUUAUGUAUUGUUGAACUAGAAGUAUAUGCAAUCUCGUUUAUGGUUUGAUGAAUCAAAA